AGUUUUAUAUAUGAUAAUGAACGAUAAAUAUUUACUUCCUAAAAUAUGGUUACUGUCACAUGAAUAACUGUAGUUUACUCAUACUUUUUAAAAUUUUUGAAAUCACUAUGGUGUGUGUAGGUAGGAUUCACUAUGUGAAGCAGGUGUGAGUUUAAUUAAUAAAUGUCAAACGCACCUGAGGUAGUGACAGGAGAAUUUCGAAAUAUUUUGUUAUAUAUGAGAUUCGUAUCAUGUUUUUGUUUAUCCCGUUUAUUUAAAUUUAAAAUUCAAUAUAUAUCAUCUCAGUAUAUUUUGUGAACGAAAUUUAUUUUCAUAUUUGUAAUGGAUGUUGAAACACAAUUUAAAAAAACACGUAUAGAAAAUAUUAGAAUUGAUGGACCCAUUCGUUGUAUAUUUUUUUGUGAAUUCCAUCACACUGCCGGUCCUAUAAUAUCGUGUCAAGACCCAGAAAAUUUUAUUUCCAAAGAGCUGUUUGAUAGUAUUAGCGUAUAUAUUAUAACUAAAGCAGAAUUACAAAGAAGUGUUAUUACAGUGACACUUCAAAAUUAUAAAAUUCUUGGUUUUCCCAUUCGUAUAGAUGAUAAAGAUAAAUAUGUAAGAAAUGCAUUCCAUUUUAAUUUAUGCUUUGUCUGUGACAGUGAUGCUAGAACUGUACAAUACGAAUCAGUUGUCCAAAAAUUUUCAGAUUAUUUAGUAGCAAGAGAAAUGGAAAGUAGUUUCUUAUCACAAGGCAAAGUUAGUACAAAACUGGCACCACUUUUAGCUCAAGUUAAAGAAGAACUCAAUACAAAAGGUGAAUGUGCUCUAAUAGAGGGAGCAACAACAACACAUUUAAAAGUAUGCAGAAUACGAUUAGAUCCAUCACCUGUUAAGGAUCAUCAAGUACCUAUAUUUAUCAAGGAAAUUUCUGAACAGCCAUGGGAUCUAACUACUCAACAAGUCACUCCUUAUAUUGAUGGAUUUAAUCAUAUUGCCAAGAUAGCGUCCCUCUCAGAUGUCCAGAAUAAUUUGGUAAAAGCUUGUAUACAGAAUUUGGUAUAUUAUGGAGUUGUUGCUUUAGUACCAUUGUUUCAAUAUGGAAACGUAUAUUGUACAACUCCAAAAUUGAAAAUGAUGGCACAGGACCUUGAGUUACAGUGUAAAUGUCUAAAUUAUGUUACAAAAUCAAAACGUCAGUUGCCGACUGUAAGAGAUGUGUUUCGUUUAUAUGCAGCUAUGACUAGAGGGACUACUAUACGAGAUCUCUGCAUCAGAUUCAAUCCAUCCAAUCUAAGAAUUAACGAAAGGAAAUUGGUACAAUUUGGAGUUUUAGAAGGUAUAAUUCGUAGAGUUCAUAAAUACCCCGUGCUUUUAACAGAUGAACCUGACGAAUUAGAAAAAAGUCUUUCCGGGGAGUCGAGUCUUGAUGAACUCUGUUGUUCCAUUGGGGUUGCUUCACAACAACUAGAAGAUCAAUUGGAAAGGGAUCAUAAUGUUAUGUUAUUAUGGAAGUAGAUUAAUUCUUAUUAUGAAUAAUUUUCUGUGAUAGCUAUAUAUAUAUAUAUAUAUAUAUAUAUAUAUAUAUAUAUAUAUAUAUAUAUAUAUAUAUAUAUACGUUGUAAAUUUAUCACAAUUAACAUGCGUUGUUAUAUAUAAAGUGAUAGGAGGCUCAGUAUAUCCAUAUAGUUUGCUACAGUUUAAAUGAGACUUAGCCAUCCCCCUUUUAAUAACAAGGAAAAAUUAAAUACAUAAGACAAAUUAUAAUAACCAUUUUUUUAAUAUUACACAUUUUUUUUUAUCCAGUGUAUGCCAAUAUUAAACAGACCAAUAUUGGUAGAUGUAGGAUAGUGUGUUUAUCGAAAUUUCUUAAGAAAUGUUUUGAAAUCCUGAUAAAUCAUAUAUUAUCUGUUGCUUUAUGUUCAUUGGCUCUAAUUGUAAAUUCUUGCAAAUAAUGCGGAUCUUUUUGUGUUUGAGACUAUUAUUUGUAAUAAACAUUCCUGAUUUUUUAUACUAGAUGGCAACAUUAGUAGCAAUAGCAGAAUGUAUUUGGAAGUUUAAGGUUUUAACGUGACCGACAUUGCCUACUGACCGCCAUUCCCCCAUCUUACCCUAUUUUUUUUUCGCUUCUACAUGGCUAUUUCUUACUUCUAGUAUAGCAGUAUCGUCUGCAAAGGUAUCUAAAGUGACAAGUUCAGAGUAGACUACCUCUUGUUUAAUUCUGUGUCUGUGUGUUACUGUGUAGGAAAGUACACCAUCAUUUCAAAUUUCAACUCUUUAUGCUAAACUUUACCAAAUACCACGUCAAGAAAUAUUGUGGAAGAGCCUUUUUUUCUGCUAGCGCCUUUUCUGUUACAUUUGUAAUUUGGUGGACCUAAUCGAUGGUUUAGUGGUUUUCUCUAAACUCAAACUGUUGAGAUGGGAUCAGAUUAUACUUUUCUAUAAUGGGUUUUAGGUUGUAGGGAUCAUAUCUUCCACAUCAAUGCUAUAUAUUUUAGAUUUUACACAUUAAUUAGAUGUAUCAGUGUAACUGUUGCUUUUCUUGGUGGUUGCCUUAGGACUUUACCAGUAAUGUGAUCAAAUUCGGGACGUUUUCAAGAAUUUAUGUUUUUUCUAAUCUCUUUUAUAAUUUCUUUAGGAGAUGUCAGCUGAAUCUCUGCUUCUUCUUCUGCCUUUCCUUGGUCAAUAUUAUCAUCUUCAUUUGACUGAAUACUGUCCUGUAGAUGUUGCAAAUCUAUCAGCUCCUUUUAAUUAUUUUUUGCCCAUAUGCCAUUGGUGGUAUUUGUAUAAUAGACUUUCCAUUGCAAAUAGUCUGUGCUGGCAUCAUUUGUUAAUUCAUUUAGGUAAGUAGUAUUUGAUUUAUUUUUACCCUUAGUGAUAUCUGAAUAGCAUUAUUUAGACUUCGUCCUCUCAAUAGAGGCUCUAUAUUGAUUUCAUUUAGUUUUCUCUUUUCAAAGAUUAGGUUUUUAAUUUCUUGUGGAUAGUUGUUCCCUUUUGUUAUCUGUCUAAAAAGAGGUGUAUUGUUGUAUUUGUUUAACGAAUAAUUCGAUCUCUGUAUCUAGAUGAUCCUUAUUUAUUAAAGGUACUGCUAAAUCAAUUUCUUCUUCUAAUUCUCACAUAAAACUAAGCCAGUCUGUUAGUUUAUUUAUCAAUUUUGGAUUAUUUGUUUACUAUGAUCUGAUUUGAGGUCCCAUCCUUCUUCAAUUUGUUUAUAGCUUAAUGAUAAGUUUCUUAUGAUAAAGAAAAAACAUUUUGUAGUUUUCCAAAUUAUUUAAUUUCUAUACAUCGUAUAAUCAUAUAAAUGUAGUAUUUAUUGUUUAUAUAUACAAUAAUUGAAGAGUAAAAAGGUAUAAUUCUAAUGGAGAUUUGAAGUGAUUACAUGCAUUGGAGUGUUUUCCUUACAGGUUUCUGUCAAUUGGUUGACACGAGAUAAUAUUUAAAUUAAUUAAAACCGACUAUGACUACAAAAUUAUUUACGUGACUUUCUACACAACUAGAACAUACUGAACUAACAUAGAUUAUCACAAUCAUAUACUAUCAUGUUACAUAUACUAAGUUGGUCAUAAUUAGUAUAUUACCAAGUAAUUGUGGUACCAUGUAAUUGUUAUUUUAAUAAAUAAAAUAAACUGAUAGAUGUCGCUGAGCAGUUAAUUGUGUUCGAAACAUUUUUUCUUUUUAAAUACAAUAAAUUCAAUAUAAUAUAUCCGAGUUUCUGUAGCAUUACACAAUUGUAUUUUUUUUUUAAAACAUUUGUAGUCUUUAUUGUAAAAAUAAAAUUUGUAUAAUAAAAUUACUGAUAUAAGUGGUGA